UGGCGGGAAGGCGAGACCGAAGUUGUGCGGGGGUUGUGUGGCGGCGACCUGGUGGGCAAGGAGCUUUGUUUUGGUGGGAAUACUGACAUUUUAUAGAGGCCAUGGCUAAGCAGAUGUCCAUAGCCUCAUUCUUCACUAAGUCCCCGGGUCCAGGCAAGACCAAGGAGCAAGGGUCACCCCGGGGGAACGUGAAACUUAGAGGGAAAGAGUUCCAGUUGAUGGACUUGGUGUGGGCCAAGCUGGAGGGACACCCAUGGUGGCCAGCGCUGGUGUGCAACAGUCCGGGGGAGAACACCUUCAUGCGGCGCAACCAGAUUCAUGUGCAGUUCUUUGACAGGCCUCCUACACGCGGCUGGGUGAAGGAUGGCCUGGUGAAGAUGUAUGGACCUGCCGGGGAGACUGGUGUGCCAUCCUAUCGUGAUGCCACAUGGGUGGAGGCAGUGAAGGAGGCUGGGGAGGCGGAGAAGCUGCCCCGGGAUGACCGCUCGGUGCUGCUGGUGGACAUGCUGCCCUCAGAUGAUGAUGAUGAUGACCUGCUGGAGGCCAUGGAGGAGGACGACGAUGAGGAUGACAGUGACAAGAGCAAGGAGAAUGUGGCUGUCAACAACAUGAAGAAUGCCCACAAUGGCCAGCCAGCCAAGGGGGAGCCCAAGCCAAAGCGACGCAGAAUUAUCCUUCAUUCUGACAGCGAGUCAGAGGACGACUACAAGCCACCUGAUGAGUCAGGAGAGAGUGAUGACUCGGCCAGCUCAGGUGUGGAUGAGGGACAGGUGUCUGAGUCAGAGAGUGAAUCAGAGGUGGACUCACCAGUCAAGGAACCCCAAAAUAAGCGCAGGAAGGCGGAGCCCCUCAAGACCCGUAACUUGAACAGUUCCUUGUCGUCGUCGCCUCGCAGCGCCUCCUCUCCCACCUCCAAGUUGUCCAGCAGUGUGAAGGCGAAGCUGGCUGUGUUUGCAGCAAAGGAGGCACCACCAGCCAAGCCAGCCGGGCAAGAGGAGGACUGGCCCUUCCUGAAAGAGCCCUGGCUGCAGCCCAAGAACAUCAUGGACCGGGGGAGGCGGCGACCUGACCACCCAGAAUAUGACCCUCGCACACUGUACAUCCCAGAGUCCUUCUUGGCCCAACAGACUCCCGGGAUGCGUCAGUGGUGGGAGUUGAAGUCCCAUCACUAUGACACGGUGCUGUUCUUCAAGAUGGGCAAGUUCUAUGAGCUGUUCCACAUGGAUGCUGUGCUGGGUGUGCAGGAGCUGGGACUGAUCAUGAUGAAGGGGGAGAAGGCACACAGUGGGUUCCCUGAGGUGGCAUACAGCCGUUACUCCACUGCACUCAUUGAGAAGGGGUACAAGGUGGCCCGCAUAGAGCAGACUGAGACUCCAGAGAUGAUGGAGAAGAGGUGUAAAAACUUGGCUCGGCCAACCAAGUUUGACCGUGUGGUGAAGCGGGAGAUCUGUCAGAUGACCAGCCGGGCGACACGUGUGUACGGCUCAGUGGAUGGCGAGGAGUCUGAGGCCAGCACGUCACACCUCCUGGCACUGGCAGAAAGGCCAGCCAAGAACGGCAAUGACCUCAGUGAGUACGGAGUGGCCUUUGUGGACACCAGUGUUGGCACCUUCUAUCUGGGCCAGUUUGUGGAUGACUGCCACACCUCCAGGCUGCGCACCCUCCUGGCACACUACCCUGUGGCUCAGAUCCUGACAGAACGUGGCCGUGUUAGUGCCAAGACCAAGCUGAUAGUGAAUGCCUUGGUGCCUCAAAACUUGAGGGAAGUACUGGUGCCUGAGAAGGAAUUCUGGACUGCCACAAAGACCCUCAGCUUCCUGUUGGAGGGACCUUACUUCAAGAGGGAAGGGGAGGCUGCAACCCAGUGGCCAAAAGCACUGAAGGACAUGAUGGAUGAAGGUGACUCCUUGGGCAAGACACCACAGGAAGGCAAAGAGUUGGCACUGUCUGCCAUGGGUGCCCUCACAUGGUACCUCAUGCAGUGCCGUCUGGAUGAACAGCUGCUCACACGACGCAAGUUUGAGCAGUACCAGCCCCCCGACACUGUUGAUGUGGCUGGCCAGGGUGACUCCAAGGCAUCCAUCCCAGCCUUCAUCAGUGGCAGGCAUCACAUGGUGUUGGACGGCACAACACUACACAACCUGGAGGUGUUCAGGAAUAGUAGUGGUGGCACUGAGGGAACACUGGUGGAGCAACUUGACCAUUGCUCCACACCCUUUGGCAAGAGGUUGCUAAGGAGCUGGAUGUGUGCCCCGCUGUGCAGCCCGGCAGCCAUCCAGCGGCGGCUUGAUGCCAUCGCUGACCUGCGGAAUAACCUUGGCCUGAUGGAUGAGGUCAUACUGCUCCUCAAGACCCUGCCAGAUCUUGAGAGGAUGUUAGCCAAAGUUCACACCCAUGGCCUGAGCCGGCAGUCGAGUCACCCAGAGACCCGUGCCAUCUACUUUGAGGAAAUCAAGUACAAUAAAAAGAAGGUGGAAGGCUUCCUGGCGGGCCUCAAGGGAUUCAAAACCUGCAUGCAGAUUGUGAAGAAGUUUAAAGGUGUGAGGGAGUCACUCGCCUCCAGUCUGCUGAAGAACUGUGUCACCACCACGGACAACAAUGGCACCUUCCCUGUCCUGGAUGAGGCACUCACCUUCUUUGAUAAUGCUUUUGACCAGGCUGAGGCACAGAAGGAAGGGAAGAUUGUGCCACGAGCUGGUGUGGAUGCAGAGUAUGAUGAGGCGAUGGAGCAGAUUGACUCCACCAAAAAAAGUCUGGCAGAAUACCUCAAGGAACAGUGCAAACACUUUGGCACCAAGGUGGUGUACUGGGGCAAUGACAAGAAGCGCUACCAGCUUGAGGUGCCGGAGCAUGCCUGCCGCCGCGCUGGGGAUGACUACGAGCUGGUGAGUCAGCGCAAGGGUCACCGCCGCUUCUGGACCUCCACCACCAGGGAGCUGCUGGCCGACAUGAUUGCCGGGGAGGAGCAGCGCAACACCUCCCUGAGUGACAUUGCUCGCCGGAUAUUCAACCAGUUUGACCAACACCAGAAGCAGUGGGAGGCAGCCCUGCAGUGUGUGGCCACCCUGGAUGUGCUCUGCUCACUCACAAUCUUCUCCCGUGGAGCAGAGACUGUGCAGCCAGAAGUGAUCAGUCCCCAGAAUGGUGAUCAGCCGUUCCUUGAGAUUCGCAAUGGUCUCCACCCGUGCCUGCUGUCCACCAUGGCAGACAAGUUCAUCCCCAACGACGUGGUGGUGGGAGGGCCGGCAGAGGAUGCCCACCGCCCGCUGGUGCUCAUAACAGGGCCAAACAUGGGAGGCAAGUCCACCCUGAUGCGGCAGACGGCACUCAUCUGCCUCCUGGCACAGCUGGGCUCCUAUGUUCCUGCUGAAGCCUGCCGCCUGACACCUGUGGACCGAGUGUUCACCCGCGUUGGUGCCUCAGACCGCAUCAUGGCGGGGGAGUCCACCUUCUUUGUGGAGCUUGCUGAGACUUCCUCCAUCUUGCAGCACGCCACCCGGCACUCCUUGGUGCUGGUGGAUGAGCUAGGGCGAGGCACGGCUACCUAUGAUGGCACUGCCAUUGCCUCUGGAGUGGUGGAUGCCCUUGCUCUCCGUGGCUGCCGGACAAUGUUCUCCACCCAUUACCACGCAUUAGUGGACCACUUCUCUGAGAACUCUAAUGUCUCCUGUGGCCACAUGGCGUGCAUGGUGGAAGGUGGGGAGGAUGACGAUGACCCAUCACAGGAGACAAUCACCUUCCUGUACAAGUUCACAGACGGGUCGUGUCCCAAGUCUUAUGGUUUCAAUGUGGCUCGUCUUGCCGGCCUGCCCGAGACUGUGAUCCGGCAGGCGAGGGAGAAGGCGAGAGAGUUGGAGAUGAUCAACCUGAAGAAGCAUGCAUUCUCCAGGGUGGUUAAUGCUCUCGGGGCCAAGCCAGGUGUACUGAGAGAAACUCUGUCUGAGGCCUUCAAGUCCCUGCGUGUGGAGUGAGGUGUAGGCAGGCAAGCAGGGCAGGCCACUUAAGGCUAACUGUCUUGCUGCCACCAUGUUCCUGAAGAUAGAAGAGAAUUAGAGUGAACACCUUAUUUUGUGCAGGAUUAUCUGAUGUAAAGAUGGAAUAUUGUAUGUCAUGUACUCCUGAUCCUGAUCCUGGUGUGGGGGGAUUUUCUCAAAGACAUGUAGUUCAAAAUGAUGUUCUCAGAAUGAUUCGGACAUGAACACUUGGAAACAUUAGUGCUGCAUUCACCUCCUCCCUGUUGAAUGUGAUGCAUCUUUGUGUGAAGUGAUGCGUGUGUGCCAUCACUGUAAAUACUCAUCACUUUGUGUUCCUAAUCUCUGUAUAUCUAUAUAGUAGUACAAACUUGAUAAUUUACUUUUUGAAUUGUGGGCAAUACAAUCAUCUCUUUAUGUAAAUUAUUUUUUUACUUUAUCCUGUUGGACAUUGCUCAGAAAUACUUAAUAAAAUUUUAAGCAUC